UUCAAUUUUCACUAAAAGCACCUAGACGGUGGAAUGUUGUGCUACCCUCUUCCAAGGAAGACCCUGGUCUCAAAAAAAUUAAAUUCUUUCUAUUGUCCUUAUGCUCAUUCCUCAAGGAGGGAAUUGAUUUUUACAUUACCUGGAAAAGUGGGUUGGCUGUUGGAAGCUCGUCUUUCCAAGAUGAAGCGGAAGAUGCAGAAGAGCAUCCACUGGUUAGGCACAGACUUACACGCAAUUCUGGGGGAGCUGAAGUUAGUGCGUCAUCAAGUGCUGAACAACAUACUGGUCCUGAUACCGCACAAAACAGGAACGACUUCAAUUUUGAUGAGUGGGGAGGAAUCUCGUCUGAGGAACACGAUGAAGCUGUGAUGCUUGAAGCUGCUCUUUUUGGAGGAAUCCAAGAAAGCAAUUACAAUUUUCCAUAUCCACGUCAGCAGAUACCUCGCUCACCAUCACCAGGGCUUGCUGCUCAGCGCAUGAUACGAGAGCAACAUGAUGAUGAAUAUCUUGCAUCAUUGCAAGCUGACAGAGAGAAAGAACUUAAAGCUGUAGAAGAGGCUGAGGUAAUGCGUUUGGAGGAGCAAGCAGUUAAAGAAGCUGUCGCAGAAGCAAAAAGUUCGAGGAAGAACAGUUUGCAGGAAAUUGAGAGAAACCUUGCUGCAAAAGAAGCUUCUCUUCCUAAGGAACCAAUGGCAGAUGAUGAAAAUGCUGUAACAUUUCUUGUAAGGAUGCCAGAUGGAAGCCGUCGUGGUCGCAGAUUUGUUAAAUCAGAUAAACUACAGUCCCUUUUUGACUUCAUUGAUGUUGGGAGAGUUGUCAAGCCUGGCUCAUAUAGACUGGUGAGGCCCUAUCCUCGAAGAGCUGAAGAGCAUUCAGCGAAGGAGAAACACAUACCAAAAAACAUUUGGUGCUCCACCCUACAACACCUUCACAAAAAAUGGUUAUUUUAUCAUAGUUAUGUUAAACUUAUAAUAUAUUUUUUAGUUUUGCAAAAUAUAACGAUAAUAUGAAAUUAAUAAACAUUUAAGAUGUAGCGAACAAAAUAGAAUAAAAAUAAACCAAAACUUAAAUAUAAAU